UGGGAAGGGGUCAUUUAAGGAGACUGCCACUCAUGUUCACCCAAAGCUUCCUGAUUAUGACACCUUGGUCGCACACUUAAAUUCGCUCAGACAGAACCGCCAAUGAAUAUAGCACCUUGUUGCAGGGUAUGGAAAAAACCAUGAGAAAAGGGUUGUUGCAGAGUAUUGACUUGUAUGAGUAUAUCUUGGAGACCAGCGUCUACCCUAGGGAACCAGCACCUCUCAAGCAGCUCAGGAUUGCUACUGCAAACCAUCCAUGGUUCGUCAUGAGUACUGCACCAGAUGCGGGUCAAUUAAUGGGGAUGCUCCUGAAGCUAGUGAAUGCAAAGAAGACAAUUGAAAUUGGUGUUUAUACAGGCUACUCUCUUCUCCUCACAGCUCUUUCAAUCCCAGAUGAUGGCAAGAUUAUAGCCAUGGAUAUAAACAGGGAAACUUAUGAGAUAGGUCUGCCCAUUAUCCGAAAAGCUGGUGUUGAACACAAAAUCAACUUCAUUGAGUCCCAAGCUCUACCAGUUCUCGACAAGCUUCUACAAAAUAAAGAGAAUGAAGGGAGUUUUGAUUUUGCAUUUGUUGAUGCGGAUAAGGAUAAUUACUGGAAUUAUCAUGAGAGACUUUUGAAGCUAGUGAAAGUUGGUGGGCUGAUCAUCUUUGACAACACACUUUGGGGAGGCACGGUUACUCAACCUGAAGAAGCUGUUUCAGAACACAGAAGGGUUUCAAGAGGGUUCAUUAUCGAGUUCAACAAAACAAUUUCAACCGAUCAUCGCGUGGAAAUCUCUCUUACUCCAUUGGGUGAUGGGAUGACCAUCUGCAGGCGCAUUUGCUGAUGUUCGUCGUCACUUCUUCAGAACUAUAUUCACUAUUAUUAUUACUACAUAUCUUACUGGUUACCAAGGAUCCUGCAAUAAAUCAAACAUGUGGAAAGAUCCUAUUUACUGAAAAUAAAUUACAUCUGAAAAGUUCAC